AUGAGUCCUUAAUAAAGACAUGAGAAUGCUUAGAUAUUGCAAUCUCCUCAAAAUCGUCAACCCUAUUUGCUCUCACCUCAACAUCAAGUUUAGUCUCCCUAAAUUUAAUUCUAAUCUCCAAAUACUCGAGAUCAGAAACAAUAGCAUUAUUUUUCAUAAGUACAAGCACCAUAAUAGCCUAAACAUAUUGCUCAUUCAUCUUCCUUUGUUUAACCAACUUUGGUGUAAUAAAGCUCACAAAAAGUAGUCAAUUACACCAAUACAUUCGUUCUUCAAGAGGAAUUGAAAACAUUACAAUAAUAAAGUGUUAAAAUGACUUAAGAAAUCUAGAAGUUGGAAUCCGAAGCAUAGAGAGUUCAAUCAGCUUAAUUAAUAAAGGAAUUGGAUGAUAAGAUUAAAUUACUAAAUUAGAUGAAUAAAUAAUUGUAAGUUGACAAUGCAGAAUUAAUGAGGGUACCCGAUGUAAUGGCAUUAAGAGAUCUCAUAGUCAAAUACUAGAAUGAUAGAAAAAUGGCCUAUAAUUAAUUGGCUGCUAUGAAGAAUGAAAUCUAGAAUUAUAAAGUACGUUGUGAAGAAUUGGAAGCUAAAAUUAAGAUUGAUACCUCCUAGGAAUUGAAUGAUUUGGUUCAAGAGUUGGAAAAUAAAGUCCAAACCUUGAUUUUAGAGAAUGACAGACUAAACUUGUAAUUGAAAAAUUCUAGUAGUCUGGCUAAUACUAUUUAGAAACAGAAAUAAGAGAAUGAUCUUGUUAAAGAAAAAUUAAUUAAAAGUAGAAAAGAAGAAGAAGCUUUGAAAUAAUCAUAUCAAAAGGAAGAAAUUAAACUGAAAUUAUAUGAAGAAUGUAAUGACAAAUUGAAAUUGCUUCAAGAUGAAAAUUAAAGAUUAUAAGGUAUAAUAAAUGAAUCAGAAUUAACUUAAAAUGAUUUAAAGAGUCUCUAAGACAAAAUAUUAGUGAUAAGAUAAGACAAUGAAAGAAUGAGAAAAUAACUUAAGAAUAGAUAAUGA